AUGAUUAAUGUUCUUAUAUCAACAUAUAAUGAAGUGAAUAACAUUUGUCCAAUGCUAGGAAUGGUUAUAACCACAUUAGAAAAACUGGCUGUACCAUUUUUAAUUAUUGUGGUUGAUGGAAACAGCCCAGAUGGAACAUCCAACAUUGUAAAAAAAUUAAACCAUCCAAAUAUUAAAAUAGUAGAUGAAAAAUGUAAAUCUGGAUUAGGAAAUUCAUACAUGAAAGGACUUGAAUUCUGUAAGUAUGAAUACACCGUAAUUCUUGAUGCAGAUCUUCAACAUGACCCAUUUUCUAUUUUUCAAAUGUUCAGUCAGGCAACAUCACAUAAUAAAUACGAUAUAGUCACAGGUACAAGAUACUCAAAGUCAGGGAUGGUAUCUAGAUGGUCAUUUAAAAGAAAGUUUAUCUCAGCAGUUGCAAAUAACCUAGCAAAAUAUGUACUUGGGUUGAAAUCAUCAGAUCUGACAGGAAGUUUUAGGUGUUAUCGCACCGAAGUACUGAAAACUAUUCUCUCAAAAUCAACAUGUAAAGGAUUUGGAAUUCAAUUAGAACUAAUUGCAAGAGCAGAAAAAAUGAAAUGCCAAAUUGCAGAAGUUUCCAUUAUUUUCUACGAUCGAGUGGCUGGAGAUUCAAAGUUUGGACUCAAAGAGAUCUAUUUAUUCCUAAAGACAGUUUUAAAUUUAUAUAUUACAAUAUAA